CUUUCUCACAACUCUCACUCGUCGUCGACGUCGUCGGUCGUCUGCAGAAAUGUCCCAAGUCGAGCCUGAAAAGAUGGCCACGGCUGCAUCUGGGUCUGCUGGCUCCGAAACCCCUCCCAACUAUGAUCACCAAGUGGUGGACGACUCGAGCGCCCCCAAGGGUAAACCUUGGAUGUACAAGUCGUUGAAUCUCGGCCUCUUCACCAUCCCAGCCUAUGCAAGCCCAAAAUUCCAGGUUGUCUUUGUCGCCUUUGUCUGCUUCUUGUGCCCCGGCAUGUUCAACGCAGUCAACGGUCUGGGCGCCGCUGGCUUGGUCAAUGCUCACGACAUUAACAAUGCCUCUACGGCCAUCUAUUCCACCUUCUCCGUUGUUGGCUUCUUCGCCGGCAGUAUCGCCAACACCAUUGGCCUUCGACUGACCCUUGGUAUCGGUGGCUUUGGCUACGCCUUGUACAUUGCCUCCAUCUUGUCCUACAACCAUAAUGGAAAUGCGGGAUUUUUGAUCUUUGCUGGUGCCCUCCUGGGUGUUUGCGCGGGUCUCUUGUGGUGUGCCCAGGGUGCCAUCAUGUUGUCAUAUCCCCCGGAGAAGUCCAAGGGCCGUUACAUUGCCACAUUCUGGAUGAUUUUCAACCUCGGAGCUGUUAUUGGCGGUCUCGUGCCCCUUGCUCAGAACAUUCAUUCCAGGUCCAGGCAAGUCAAUGACGCCACUUAUAUUGUCUUUAUUGUCCUGAUGGCUGCCGGAUUCGUCCUUGCCGGUUUCCUCUGCAACCCGCGCUUGGUCGUUCGAGAUGAUGGAUCCAGAAUCAUCAUGAUGAAGAACCCGAGCUGGAAGACGGAAAUCCUUGGUCUAUGGGAAACCAUGAGGACCGAUUGGUACAUCUUCUUCCUGUUCCCCAUGUUCUUCGCCUCCAACUGGUUCUACACCUACCAUUUCCAAGGCGUCAACUUGGUUAACUUUAACAUCCGUACCCGUGCCCUGAACAAUGUCUUGUACUACAUUUCUCAGAUCAUCGGUGCCUGGAUCUUUGGCUUUGCCCUCGACAGCCAAAGAGUGUCUCGAUCAAUGAAGGCAAGACUCGCUAUCAUCGUUCUUUUCGUCCUUACCUUCGUCAUCUGGGGUGGUGGCUACGCCUUCCAGAGAGGUUAUACUCGCGCGGAGGUCAACGCUGAGGAUUAUGUCCCACGUGACUGGACUGAUUCCGACUAUAUUGGACCCAUGUUCCUGUACAUCUUCUACGGAUUCUAUGACUCUGUUUGGCAGACCACUUCAUACUGGCUAAUGGGUUCUCUUACCAACAACGCCCGUAAGCUCGCCAAUUUCACCGGCUUUUACAAGGGCAUCCAAUCUGCCGGUGGUGCCAUCUCUCCCAUUCUUGACACCAAUGGGGUUUCGUACAUGACUCAAUUCGCCAUCAACUGGGGUCUUCUCGCAGGAUCACUCCUCAUCGCCGCACCAGUUAUCUGGAUCAAAGUCCAAGAUACCACCGAUCUGGAAGAAGAUCUCAAGUUCUCCGAUGAGACAAUCGCAGACGUUGCUCCCGUCAGUCCCAUUGUUGGAGCUGAAGGUCAGAUGGCUGAGAAGACACUCGUUGCUUGAGUUUGAGGGGACUUCCACUGCACAGGUAGAGAGACAUUUUCAUGUUUGAAGGAAACCUGACGAUGACGUAAACCGGUCAGAAAGAAUCUCAUCCAUGAUGUGAUGCGAGAUGGGACGAGAUCUUGAUGAAUACCCAUACCCCAGACAGUCGACUGCUCGUACUUAGCUAGCCACGCAUUGGGACAGGAGUGGAGCCUCGGGGGUUUUUCUCUAGUCCAUACUGAUUGUGGUACUUUUCAGUAACUAAUUUGAUCAUGACCAUUCUGUGUGCUGAAUCGUGGAGGAUUGACA